UGGCUGAAGGAUAUGGGCGGCUGCUACGCCGGGUCCUAGGUGUACAGCGGAACGCGAUGGCCGCGUGGGCCGAGCGGCUGGCAGGCGUGCGGGGAGUGCUGCUUGACAUCUCCGGUGUGCUGUAUGACAGCGGCUCAGGCGGCGGAACUGCCAUUGCGGGCUCCGUGGAGGCGGUGGCGAGACUGAAGCGGUCCCCGUUGAAGGUGAGAUUCUGUACCAACGAGUCCCAGAAGUCUCGGAGAGAGCUGGUGGGGUUGCUUCAGCGGCUGGGAUUUGACAUCUCAGAAGAAGAGGUGACUGCUCCGGCACCAGCCACCUGCCAGAUCCUGAAGGAGCGAGGCCUGCGACCACACCUGCUCGUCCAUGACGGGGUCCGCUCAGAAUUUGAUGACAUUAACAUGUCCAACCCAAACUGUGUCGUGAUUGCGGAUGCCGGUGAAAGCUUUUCCUAUGAGAACAUGAACAGAGCCUUCCAAGUGCUCAUGGAGCUGGAAAAUCCUGUGCUCAUAUCACUGGGAAAGGGACGCUACUACAAGGAGACCUCUGGCCUGAUGCUGGAUGUUGGAGGCUACAUGAAGGCACUUGAGUAUGCCUGUGGUAUUGAGGCUGAAGUGGUGGGGAAACCUUCCCCUGAGUUCUUCAAGUCUGCACUACAGGCCAUAGGGGUGGAAGCUCACCAGGCCAUCAUGAUCGGCGAUGACAUCGUGGGUGACGUUGGCGGUGCCCAGCAGUGUGGAAUGAGAGCCCUGCAGGUGCGGACAGGAAAGUUCAGCCUUGUCCUCCAGGCCUGGCGAUGAGCAUCAUCCAAAAGUGAAGGCUGAUGGGUACGUGAACAACCUUGCAGAGGCUGUGGACCUGCUGCUGCAGCACACGGACAAGUGACAGCCCUUCAGAGACAGUGGACAAGUGUACCACCCUGUGCCAAUGCUUUCUUCCAACACUGAGCUCCUCUCCCCACACUGCCAGGCCCCAGGCUACCCAAACUCUGCUAGUCCUGUCCUCUGCCCCCUGCUGACAUGGGCAGGUGCAGACAGUUCUGGGAUGCUUGUCCCUGGGCCAGAGCCAGCCACACCCUUCCUCAACCUCCCUCAACUAGCUCCCUGUCACAUUCCUCCCUCCCCAGCCUCUGGGCAGAGGUUUGUUCCCCAUCCAUAUGGCCCUGCUCACCUCCCUGGUCCAUGCCAUGUUUCCCAUAGUGACAUCCAGGAAGGUAGAAGAGACCUGCCAGGCCUCCAGAAAAUGAAACCCUCAGACAUGGGCUGGAAGGUCCUCUGAGUCCCUGAAUUCCUUGUCACCAUUGGCACAUGGUCUUUCAUUGGCACCGUCCAAUUGGACGAGGCACAUUGACUCUUCUUUGAACUCUCCGAUGUGAGCAAGGAACCUCUAGAAAACCCAGGGGCCUGCUUCCUGUACGAUUUCAGAAGCCCACCACGCACAGCCCUACGUGGCCCCAGUCAGACUGAGUGAUUAGCACUUUGCCCCCUACCCCUUCCCUCAGGAAACAGUGCCAGCCCAUUGCUCUUCCUGUCCCCACAAGUUACCCAGACAUGGACUGGGGCAGCUCUCAGGAAACUGAAAACUACCCUCCCACAGCAGAAAUGUCCAUCUCCACAGUCAAGGCUGCAGGCACAGAAAGUACCAUGGAAUCGGGAUGGACAGACUUGAAUGUAUUGUGCCCAGUGCACAGAACAAAAUAAUGUCUCAAUAAACUUGGCCUCAGAAGUCCA